ACAGAGAGAGAGACAGAGAGAGAGACAGAGAAAGGGGGAGGUUUCUUUUAUUUUCAGUUUUGGUCUGUAGGUCUGUAUCAGUCAGUAUCAGUCUGUUUUGGUUCUGUAUCGGUCUGCAGCUCUGACUCUGUCGGUCCUCUGGUGCCGGCUCAGGUGUUGGAUCAGGUGUUGGAUCAGGUGUUGGAUCAGGUGUUGGAUCCUCUGACAUGGAGCUGCUGCCGUCUCUGCUGUCCAGCCUGAGGACCGUGGACCCAGGGACUGUGGAUCAGGAGUACAGCAUGGUGCGUUCACAGACCUCUGUGUUCAAGAGAGAACUGGGUUUGACGACUGAGGCCGGAGCUCUGAAGGAAAACAUCAAGAAGAACAGAUACAAAGACAUCCUGCCAUACGAUCAGUCCAGGGUGGUUUUGUCUCUGCUGACAUCAGACUGUGACUCUGACUACAUCAACGCCAGCUUCAUCAAGGGGGCGGCAGCAGACUGCAGGUACAUCGCCUCUCAGGCUCCUCUGAGCGCCACGCUCGUGGACUUCUGGAGGAUGAUCUGGCAGCACGACGUCAAGGUGAUCGUCAUGGCCUGCAGAGAGGUGGAGAUGGGAAAGAAAAAGUGUGAGUGUUACUGGAGUCCACUUCAUCAGUCAGCUGAGUUUGGACCGUUCAUUGUGUCCACGGAGGAGGAAACUCGUCCCAAUGAAGACCUGGUGAUCCGAACUCUGACGGCCACGUACCAACAGGACACCCAUUCACUGGUUCAGUAUCAGUUCUUGUCGUGGCCGGAUCACGACGUUCCGUACGAGGCUGCAGGAGUUCUGGACCUGCUGGAGAGAGUCAGAACCAGCCAGGGAACACACACCUCGCCUCUGCUGAUACACUGCAGUGCAGGCUGUGGGAGGACAGGAGUCAUCUGUGCUCUCGACUACAUCCAUGACCUGCUGGUUACCAAGCAGAUCACGGCAGACUUCAGCAUCAUGAAGAUCAUCCUGGAGCUCCGUGAACAGAGACCGUCUGCGGUCCAGACCAAAGAGCAGUAUCAGUUCAUCUUCAGCACCGUCACCGUCAUGUUGGAGCGAGCCCUGCAGGCGUCCCGCGGCCCGCUCUACUCCAACCUGCCCGAGCUGCAAAAAACAGAGAAGAACAAAAAGACACCUGCUGCCAAGAGAGCGUCUCAGCUGACCGACAUGAGCGACACGUACGCUGUGGUCAACAAGCCCAAACACCCACACCCACCUUCACCAAGCCCCGCCUACUCCACUGUAGCCACGCCCAGGUCCAGGACUCUGACCCCGUCCCAUCACUAUGACAACGACUCCGCGGGGGCGUCGGCGGCGCCGCUCUACAGCAUCGUCAGGCCUCGAGCUAAACCUGCGAGCCGCCAACACUCGACCACGCCCAUCUAUGACACUGCAACACCGACCAAUCACAGGCUGGGGGAGGGACCACCGUCGCUAAGCAACAGCGGAGACUAUCACCUGAUGCCAGCUGAUCCAGCUGAUGAUGAUUAUGAAGAUUUCUCCUCCUCAGCCACAGACCUGACCAACCCGUGUUCACCUGGUGGGAUCGGGUUUAAUUGUCGGAUCCAGAAGCCCAGAGGACCCAGAGAGCCUCCAGCUGAGUGGAGCCGCCUGGAGAGAUGAAGCACCUGGACUGGUUCACCUGGACUGGUCCACCUGGACUGGUUCACCUGGACUGGUCCACCUGGACUGGUUCACCUGGACUGGUCCACCUGGACUGGUCCACCUGGACUGGUUCACCUGGACUGGUUUGAUUGUUUGUAACCGGUGAUCUGAUGCUUUCAUAUUUAUGUUCUUCAUGUUUUCAUGUUUUCUCACUUUUCUUCUUUUUUAAUGAAUUCUUCAAACAGACGUGUGUAAACAAUAAACUGUAAACAAACA